AGUACCAAAGAUCAAGACAAAGAAGCGGAUGUUGUUGAUAGCAGCACGCCAGACCGCAUAACUUGAAAAACAGAAUCAGUCAUCAAAAAGUCGUCGACGCUGGUAGUUUCGUUGUCCGACAAUCCGUCUCUCGCUUCUUAUGUUAAGUCUAGUGACUAGAUCGAAAAAGACAAUUCGUUAGAUCGUGCACGAGGAAGAAAAAAAAAAAAGAAGUCAUUUCGAGCAAAGGAGGAAGUUGUUUCGUCAGCAUAAAAUGAAGGAACAUCGGAACAUGAUUGCUGCGUUGAACAUUGUCAUUGUCCUGUUACAGGUGUUCAACGUUCACAGUGAUUCCCGUCAAUGGUACGAGAAUCCCCGCGUUUCUUUAUCGGAAAGCUGGAGAUUACCUAUUAAUCAAUACGACGCAAAGGUAGAAACCAAACGAUCCACGAGGCAGAUAAACAACGCCGCGAUAUCAGAAAGUGAUAAUAUCGUGUUUCCCGAUACCAACGUCAAAUCAAUGAGAAUGGAAACGGCACCUUCUUGUCAAGAGCAAACCUUCUGCGAGGAUGUUCCAAAUUAUCCUUCGAAUUUGGUGAAAGAAAUUAUUAGCAAAAAUCCGCAUCUUAAAAAUUAUAAAACUGUCGACAUGUUGGAAACAUUUAGAUCCAAGGUAGACAAUUCCUUUCUCGAUACGGAAUCACUCUGUGCGUCAAUUGAGCAAAUCGUCAUUCCAAAAACAGCGCAAAAUAUAAAAAACGAGUGGUUAUACAUUGUUAAUAACGAAGAUGUAGUACAGGGAGUGCGGAUAGAAAAAUGCUUGAACGAAAACUCAAGCUGCAAGUUAAUCGAUGGUUUUGCGGGAGGAUACAAAACCAUCUGUAAACAGAAAUACAUUUACCAUCAACUCGUAGGACUUACGAAUAAUAACUCGCUUUCCUAUGAAUCUUUUCGGUUUCCGUCCAGUUGUUGCUGUCACGUUAAAUUUGUCGGCACCUCGAUACGAUUCGGCCAAAUAGACGUUCAAACGGAAUCAGACAACACCAAUUGAUCUCAUUCAAUUUAUCCAAUUUUUAUUUUAUAUCGACGAAUAAAAUAAAUUUCUCAUUUUGUUUUGUA